AUGGACGCUCGUCCUCCUAAAAGGCAACGCAGAUCGAAGGAUUCAAAGCAAGAUGAGCCAAAAUUAAAAUCAAAACGAAAAGCCGCCCCGGUCAUCAUCUCAGAUAGCUCCAGCCCUAUCGAACCAACAGAACCCUUCGCCCUCUCUUCGCGCCCCAAACCCUCCUACUCGCGCGGCACAACACCAUCAACCCGGCUCCCCUCGUCCUCACCCUCUCCAAACAAAAAGACUAAAUCGUCACCAAACCCAGACUCAACAUCCAAGUCCUUGCACAGCUUCUUCCAGCCCGCAACAGAGGGACAGCGAUGGGCACCCCAAAAGACCGAGAAGCAGUCCCUCCCGCCGGUCAGGGAGACUGUCGACGUGGACUUGAUUGAUGAUGACUACGACUCCUACGAUGAAAUCUUCACACAGCAUCUAGCUAAUGAGCGGGCGGGAAUGGGUCUGGCGACCAUGAGCUCUAGCCAGACGCGUCAGCCAGUGCCAAAGCCAGCACCAAAGCCAAAGCCGAAGGCCCCAGUCAAACCGCCGCGUAAGACGACGAAACGGUUUCUUCUGUCUACGGGCUCCGGGAAUGGCACUGCGAAGGAGCCAUUGGCUGCGCAACCGGCCGGCGAACCGGACCGUCGACCAUGGGCUCAACGGUUCGCUCCGGCCAACCUGGGCGAAUUAGCCGUUCAUAAGAAAAAAGUCUCGGAUGUACAGCAUUGGCUGGAAGAUGCUUUUGCUGGGAGGCGUUCUGAGAGGUUACUCGUCCUACGGGGUCCGGCAGGCAGUGGGAAGACGACCACUGUGUCCCUACUCUCCGAGUCACUUGGUUACGACAUUGUUGAGUGGAAGAAUCCCCCGGUUUCGGAAUUUGGAGCUCGCGAUUAUCAAUCCGUGAGCGCGCACUUUGAAGAGUUUCUUGGACGGGGUGAUAAAUUUGGAGGGCUUGACCUCGAAAAUCCCAGCGAGCUCGAUCCCCAGAAAUAUGAGAAACCUCGGGACCAGCGGAUACUUCUUAUAGAGGAGUUUCCAACUGUACUUGGCCGGGCAUCCUCCGCCCUCACGGCGUUUCGGACGUCUCUCCAACGAUAUUUGGCUGCCUCUGUGAAUGAUCAUGCCCGGGGGAGUUCUGGAUCGAAUCACCCGCCCAUCGUGAUCGUCGUGUCGGAGACUUUGUUAGGAUCUGCGUCCUCAAUCUCAGAUAACCUGACAGUUCACCGGUUACUGGGGCCCACGAUCUACAAUCACCCCGGGACAACGAUAUUGGAUUUCAAUAGCAUUGCACCCACUUUCAUGCACAAGGCUUUGCGGUCUAUUUUGGACAGAGAGGCGCGGAACUCCAAACGUGUCCAAAUACCUGGGCCGGGUGUUAUCGACAGUAUCUCUGAAAUCGGCGAUAUCCGCAGUGCAAUAUCCUCUCUCGAGUUCCUCUGUCUGAAGGGGGACGAUAUGGGGAGAUGGGGAGGUAGCGUGGCCAAAACAAAGAAAGCUCGAGGUGAGGUUGCUUUGACAGCAAUGGAAAAAGAGUCCCUCAAGAUGAUAACUCAGAGAGAGGCGAGCCUGGGCAUGUUCCACGCAGUUGGGAAGAUCGUGUACAACAAACGCAUGGACCCGAGUCUGAUCGAGGGCGAUGUCGAUAUCCUUCCACCGCCACCGGACUAUCUACGCCACUAUGCCCGACCAAAAGCUUCGCAGGUAUUGGUCAAUGACCUGGUCGACGAGACCGGGACCGACAUAUCAACGUUCAUCAGCGCUCUCCAUGAGAACUACAUUCCAUCCUGCGAUGGGGAUAAUUUCACCGACUGUUUCAACGACUGCAUCGACGCACUCUCCGAUAGCGAUGUCCUCAGCGCCGGCCGCCGGCCAGGGCAAGGGGCACGGGCCGGGAUAGGAACUGGAAUCGCCUCGUUCGGUAGCGGCGUCGACGUGCUCCGGCAGGAAGAAAUGAGUUUCCAAGUUGCAGCGCGUGGUCUUCUUUUCGCCCUUCCAUACCCGGUCAAGAGACGGGUUGGGUCUGGAACUGGACAAAGCCGCGCGGGUGAUGCCUACAAGAUGUUUUAUCCCGCGUCUCUGCGACUGUGGAGAGAGGCUGAGGAAAUUGAUGGACUGAUCGACUCGUGGAUGAACCGAUCACUCGAUCCUUUUGGACAGCAGCAUCUUUCGCAGGGUGGCUCUAACCUCACUGGCGUCAGUUCCUGGAAAAAUCUCCAGGUGGGAAGGUCGGCAUCGGCCAGAUCGGGGAACAAAUAUAACACUCCGAGUGUGGUCACGAUGAUGCCCCGACAUGAUCUAUUGCUUCAUCAACUGCCCUAUAUGGCUGCAAUCCGGCGUCAAGACCCGGAUUGUUGGCAGUUGGAUAAGAUCACCAGCAUUCGCGCCAACGAUAAUCUUCGUAAUGAUGGAAUUGACGACAUGGAGGAGUCUCCAGCACAAGGAUCGCGUAUGAAACAACCCAGCAGUAAUGGUUUUGGACCUCGACUGCCCGAAGAGAAAUUGAUUCUCAGUGACGAUGAUAUUCCCUUUGAAACUCCUAAAAGGAUGCUCAAUGAUCAUGAACCCUCGAAACGAGGACACGGUGACUCCUACCUGAUCAAUCGGGCUCGAGUCUCUGCUGUGAAUACAUCAAAUGAAAACGCGAAGCUCGCUUCGACCUCCACGUCUCGAUCUCCAAAACCCGAGGACAAGCUUGACUAUGCUCAAUUGAAGAAAGAUGCCCCGGGAUUCGUUGCUGCUGCUGCCCAUGCGGCAGUUCCUAGCUGGACAAGCAUGAUUCUAAUGGUCUCUUUUAUCUUUGGGGGCUGCUGUGCCAAUGUGUUUGCGCUAGAGGCAAUUAUCAAAGAACAGCAUACUGCCGGUCCCUUAAUAACAUUCGCCCAAUUCGCUAUAUGCGCCCUAUUCACCAUCCCGAGCUUCAUAUCCCCCUCAGCCGGACCACGAACCCUAUUCCUGAACCCACGCGCUAUCCCACUACGUUCGUGGGUGGUAUACACCGCUUAUUUCGUGAGCGUCAACCUCCUCAACAACUGGGCCUUCGCAUACAAGAUUUCCGUCCCACUACACAUAAUCCUCCGUUCCGCAGGCCCCGUCGCCUCAAUGGUAAUCGGCUAUAUAUACAACGGCAAACGCUAUUCCCGUGGCCAGAUCGCUUCGGUAGGUAUGCUGACGGUGGGUGUGGCAGCAGCCGCCAUGGCCGAUGCGCAAUCCAAAGGCGUGUCUAUCCACGUCGACUCCGAUGCGGCGGACACAGUCACGACCGUGACGGGCUUCACGAUCCUCGCGCUUGCAAUGGUCCUCUCUGCAUUUCAGGGGAUCUAUGCCGACCGGCUGUACGCAACUUACGGUAGGGAUCAUUGGAAAGAGGCGCUUUUCUACUCGCAUGCGCUUUCUCUGCCGCUUUUCUUGACGAGUUGUCCGCAGUUGCUGGGUCAGUGGCGGGUAGUAGCUUCGUCACCUCCUUUGCUGUCGCAUUUGGAUUCCGGGUUGUGGGUGUCGUCCGGUGCAGUUGAGAGCACUGCUUUCUCGGUGCUGGGGCGGAUUUGCCAGAUUGAGGCUGUGAAGACUUUCCUGGCGCAACUGCCGGUUCAGGUGGCUUAUCUGGCGAUGAAUGCACUGACGCAGUACCUGUGUAUCCGGGGAGUCCAUCUUCUGUCGGCCAAGUCAUCGUCGUUGACUGUUACUAUUUUCUUGAAUGUCCGCAAGUUGGUUUCGCUGCUCCUGUCGAUCUACCUCUUCGGGAAUCAUUUAGCUGGAGGUGUCUUGGUCGGCGCGGCUCUGGUGUUUGUCGGGGGUGGUUUAUAUGGCUUUGAGGGUGCGCGUUUACGAAGCGUUGCCAAAAAGGCUCAGUGA